ACGAUAUCAUAAUUAAUGAGCCAUCCAAACUCCUCGUCCAGGUGUUCACACACUCUCAGCGGCGAUAUCACUGCACUUAUACCACUCUGCAAGUGCUCUCCCCAGUUUCGAGUACUUGCUUCAAAAAUGGCUCCUUUUCUUCUGCUCUUUUUCCCCCUUUUCACCCAGGGUUUACUUCUUUCCGCUGCUCAGCCUUCCAAUUCCAAAACUUUCAUCUUUCGAAUCAAUUCUGAAAGCAAACCCUCCGUUUUUCCUACUCACUACCACUGGUAUUCCUCCGAGUUCGCCGAACCAACCAGCAUUCUUCAUGUUUACGAGAAUGUCUUCCAUGGUUUUUCUGCGCAUCUUACACAGGACCGGGCUUCUUCAAUCAGCAACCACUCUUCCGUGCUUUCCGUCUUUGAGGAUCGUCGCCGCUUGCUUCAAACCACUCGCUCCCCGCAAUUUCUCGGCCUUCGAACCCAGCGCGGUCUGUGGUCAGAGUCCGACUACGGUUCAGACGUCAUCAUCGGUAUCUUCGACACGGGAAUCUGGCCGGAGCACCGGAGCUUCUCUGAUUUGAAUUUGGGUCCGGUUCCGCGACGCUGGAAAGGAGUUUGCGAGGCUGGAGUCAAGUUCACUGCAAGAAACUGUAACAAGAAAUUAAUCGGCGCGAGAUAUUUCUCCAAAGGUGGCGAAGCAGGUUCGGGCUCUGUGGGUCCGGUGAACCCAAUCAACGAAACCGUUGAAUUCCGAUCGCCGAGGGACGCCGACGGUCAUGGAACGCACACGGCUUCUACGGCGGCUGGUCGGUAUGCUUUUAGGGCAAGCAUGUCUGGUUAUGCUUCUGGAAUUGCAAAGGGCGUGGCACCGAAAGCGCGACUAGCGGUGUACAAGGUGUGCUGGAAGAAUUUAGGCUGCUUCGAUUCUGAUAUUUUGGCCGCAUUCGAUGUCGCUGUAGCAGACGGCGUCGAUGUGAUUUCCCUCUCGAUUGGCGGUGGUGACGGCGUCGUUUCCCCUUUCUAUCUCGAUCCCAUCGCAAUUGGGUCAUACGGUGCGGUUGCCAGAGGUGUCUUGGUUUCCACUUCGGCGGGGAACGACGGGCCUAGUGGAAUGUCAGUGACGAACUCAGCUCCCUGGUUGACCACCGUUGGAGCGGGAACUAUUGAUCGGGAUUUUCCAGCGCAGGUGAUUCUCGGCAAUGGUCGGAAAUUGUCCGGUGUGUCAUUGUACUCCGGAAAGCCAUUAAAUGGCAAAAUGUUUGAACUUGUUUACCCAGGGAAGGCAGGGCUUCUUGUUGAUUCACUGUGUAUGGAAAACUCGCUCGACCCCAAAAUGGUAAAGGGAAAGAUAGUGGUUUGCGAUAGAGGAAGCAGUCCUAGAGUCGUUAAAGGACUUGUGGUGCAGAAAGCUGGUGGGAUUGGAAUGAUUCUAACGAAUGGUAUUUCUAAUGGGGAAGGCGUAGUUGGGGAUCCUCACGUUCUUCCUGCAUGUUCACUUGGUGCUGAUGAAGGAGAGGCCAUAAAAUCAUAUAUUAAAUCCUCUGCUAAUCCCACGGCCACCAUCGAUUUCAAGGGAACUAUGCUAGGAAUCAAGCCUGCACCUGUUGUGGCUUCGUUUUCAGCCAGAGGACCGAGUGGGUUAAACCCACAGAUACUCAAACCGGAUUUGAUCGCACCAGGAGUGAAUAUUCUCGCGGCUUGGACCAACGCAGUGGGUCCUUCUGGUUUAGACGCCGAUUCAAGAAGAACAGAGUUUAACAUCCUAUCGGGCACUUCCAUGGCUUGCCCACAUGUAAGCGGAGCUGGGGCUUUGCUUAAAUCAGCUCAUCCAGAUUGGAGUCCAGCUGCGAUACGAUCAGCGCUGAUGACAACUGCAACCAUAUCUGAUAAUCGCAAUCAACCCAUGAUUGAUGAGGCCUCGGGGAAUGCUUCCACGCCGUAUGAUUUUGGUUCCGGGAAUCUUAAUUUGGGUCUUGCAAUGGAUCCUGGGUUAGUAUAUGAUAUUUCUGCACAUGAUUACGUUAACUAUAUGUGCUCAAUUGGGUAUGUGGAGAACGAAAUUCAGGUGAUCACAAGGAUACCGGUGAAGUGUCCGGGUAGGAAGGCAGUGCCGGAGAAUUUGAAUUACCCGUCAUUCGUUGCUCUGUUUCAGGGCGCGUCCAAAGGGGUGUCAAGAAAGACGUUUAUUCGAACCGUGACGAACGUGGGGGCGGUGAAUUCGGUUUACAGAGUUAAAGUGGAGUCGCAGCCCAAAGGGGUGAUUGUGAGUGUAAAGCCUUCGGAGCUUGUGUUCUCGGACGGUGUCAGAAAGCGUAGGUUUGUCCUGACGGUGACGGCAGAUACCCGUAAUGUGGUGGUGGGUCCGUCUGGAGCGGCUUUCGGGUCGGUUUCAUGGACCGAUGGGAAGCACGUGGUUCGUAGUCCCAUAGUCAUUACUCAAGUAGUACCGUUGUAAACCCGGAUCAUGCCUUCUUGAUCGAGCCGCGCGAAGUUGAGAAUAGUAACGUUAUAUUUGCUUUUUCUUCCUCGUUGUCAGAAAGCAGGAAGGAGCUAGCUAGCUCAGAGAUAGUUCCCUCUUUGUUGGUUUGUUGACUUUUUAUUUUGGCCAUAGCUUGUGUUUCCUUUGAAUUAAAUUUCGCGAUGUAUCAUUUGCCGACCUAAACAUAUCUCCUUGUAUACUCUACUUGAGAGGUUAAUUUAUUCAUAGUCAUUUUA